AUGGGACAACGGCAUGACGACGAGUUGGCGGAAGCGAAGAAGAGGCGACGCCAGCCGUGGCUCGGCGAACGAGGAGGAGGAGGAGGAGGAGGAUUUAAACCACCGCAGCGUGGAGACAGGAAAAGGGCCAACGGUGAGCGAGUAGCAGCAGCGGCGAGCAAUGCGCAGGUGUCCGGCGACGAUGACGCGGUAAUUGGAGCAAUCUCGAUCAAAGGUCAUAUGGCGUUUCAGAAACGAAAGGAGAUGGUCAGCGACGAGUCCGCACGGCCGACGACGUAUCGGAUAGCAGCCGAGCAUUCAGCUCGACAAACAGUGGUGACCACCACCGACCAUGUGACGUAA